UCAGUAACCAAAAUUUCUCUCUUCCUCCCUGUAUCUCUACUUAUAGUUCAAAUCCGUAAUCCCCAAAAUUCUGAACUACCUCAUCCCGGCGACGCCGUCCUCCUCCUCCGCGACCGAAGUCUCAACUUACCUGAACUUCUUCUCCUCUUUUUGUGCCCUAAUAUAAGCACCUGUAGAUACUAGUACGUUAGACUGCGAUCCCAAACUGCCUGUUAAAUUAUACCAUACCUCAGUAAAAUCAAGGUUUCUUCUCAAGAAUUUACCCUGAGUUAAAGGGGAUGGCUGGUUCCACUCCUAAAACUGAUAUUAGAUGUCCUCAUUGUGCCGGUCCUCUUUCUAAGGAGAUGGAAACUAGUGCCUGGACAGUUCCGCCUCUUAUCAGGGAUAGCUUCUCUAUGAUUGGCUCUGCUGUUGGUGGUACAGCAAGUGCUUUUUAUGGAUUUAAUUAUGUGAUGCCUAUUGUUCAGAGACGGGUAAAAGGACCUAUGUGGUUACAUUUUUUCAUUGGUGCUCCACCAGUGAUUGUAUUCUCUUCAGCCUGUGCAGGUUUGGCAGGUGGUGCAAUUCCAGCUAUGGCGCAACUUUCUUCAUCAUCUUAUCAUGCAGUUGUCUCAUCAUCCUCGUUGCCUCCUGCGACUUCUCAAGAUGAGAAGAUGCACAAGUCCAGAAGCUCCUCUACUCUAUGAUCCAGAGUCUUUGUGUGUGCUUGUGCACAUGAGGGAAGCAUUAGGCUCUGACCUGAGCAAUUGUCCAGCAUCAGCCAUGUUGUCUGAGUUUCUGGCAGCACGGGUUUGGUCAAAGAGAGUUGCUUACGAUGUUAAAGUUCUUAUAUAUAGUGAUAUGAGCCUACUUAUUUAUGCUAUAAAUAAAUAUAUGUUUCCUGCAACAUGUCAUGUUGGUAAUGACCUGGGUUCAGUUAUUUUUUUCUAGGAUCGUACAGUUCCAUACUACCACGAUUUUGCUAAUUUAGGUAUUCGCUCAUCACUGGUUUGUACUCGUGCUAUGAAGACUGGUGUGGCCAAAGUCCCUUGUUUCCUGGCAAUCAGUGACUUUGUAGGCUCCAAAUUUACUUUCAAACAUCACUCGUACUCAUCAGUAGAUAUCAUUUGGGUUUUCAAUUUAAUUAGAUUACUAGAUCCGUUUCGUUUUAGCUGAUAGGUUUCUUAUUCAUGUAAUGCAAUGUUAUGUUUCGGGUACUUAUUGCAUCUCUCUGCUACAUACAUUUCCUCUAGAUACAAGAAAGAGCGUUUGUGG